AUGGCUAACGACGAAUAUGAUUUCCUCUUCAAGGUGGUGUUGAUUGGUGAUUCUGGUGUCGGAAAGUCCAAUCUGUUGAGUCGAUUCACCCGUAACGAGUUCAACAUCGAUUCCAAGUCCACCAUCGGCGUCGAGUUCGCGACCCGCUCGAUCCAAGUCGACUCCAAGACAAUCAAGGCGCAGAUCUGGGAUACUGCCGGCCAAGAGCGCUACCGCGCCAUCACGUCGGCCUACUAUCGCGGUGCUGUUGGCGCACUUCUCGUUUAUGACAUCAGCAAGCACCAGACCUACGAAAACGUCACCAGAUGGCUCAAAGAGCUGCGUGAGCAUGCGGACGCCAACAUCGUCAUCAUGCUGGUGGGAAACAAGAGCGAUUUGAGACACCUUCGAGCGGUGCCCACAGAGGAGGCCAAGGCGUUUGCCAGCGAGAACCACCUCUCCUUCAUCGAGACCUCUGCCCUCGACGCCAGCAAUGUCGAGCUGGCCUUCCAGAACAUCUUGACGGAAAUUUACCGUAUUGUGUCGAGCAAGGCACUUGACAGCGCGGACGGCGGCCAGGCACCCAUGGCCGGCACAGGCAUAAAGAUCGACCCGUCCAGAGAGAACGAGGCUCCCAAGGACGGCAAAUGCUUCAUGGCCGCCGUGUACAAGUCACUGUCCAAGUCGGACAAGUCAGCGAGCAAGAAGGCCGAUGGCCCUAGCAAUGGCAUCAAGAAGAACAGGCAGAGGGUUCUCAUCUUGUCCUCGCGAGGCGUCACCUACAGACAUCGCCAUCUCCUCAACGAUCUCGCGACUAUGCUUCCUCACGGUCGGAAAGACGCCAAAUUCGACUCCAAAUCGAAGCUUUACGAACUGAACGAGCUUUCCGAGCUGUACAAUUGCAACAACUGUCUGUAUUUGGAAGGCCGCAAAGGUCUUGACGGAUACCUUUUCCUAUCAGCUGUGCCAAACGGACCGACUUGCAAAUUCCAUAUCCAGAACCUACACACCAUGGAAGAGCUUCACUUCACCGGCAACUGCCUCAAAGGCUCGCGGCCGAUUCUGUCCUUCGACUCUACAUUCGAGAAAGAGCCCCACCUGCAAGUCAUCAAGGCUUUGUUCACGCGUACCUUUGGCGUUCCAGAGGGCGCUCGCAAGUCGAAGCCAUUCAUCGAUCAUGUCAUGGGGUUCACAGUGGCCGACGGCAAGAUUUGGAUCCGCAACUACCAGAUCAACGAAGAAGAGCAGUCGAAGGUCAAGAACGCCGCGGGCGAGGAGGAGAUCGAAACGACUGACAUGAGCCUCGUGGAAAUCGGUCCUCGCUUUGUCCUUACGCCAAUCGUGAUACAGGAGGGCUCCUUUGGUGGACCGAUCAUCUACCAGAACCGAGAGUUUGUGUCGCCAAACCAAGUCAGGUCUGACCUCCGCAGAGGCAAGGCUACACGACACAACGCAAGGGCAGAGCAGACCGUGGCACGGCUGUCGCGGAAGGGAGAUCUUGGACUACGUACCAAGGGUCCUCAGAGGCAACCGAAAGGUUAUGCCGUGAAAUAUAUUAGUGCCGUCUCGGUCCGAGUCAACGACAUCAGCGACAUGUCUCCUGCCCAUCCCGCCGUCCCUUCUCCAUCCAACUUCACUGAGCCGACCCUCUGA